GCGAGAAAAAGGCAGAAAGUGCCCCCCCCCCGCGGGGCACUACUUGCACGCGGCGGAAGGCGACUCGCGGCGCGCUGCUGCUGCUGCUGUGACGGGCGGAGGCAGCGGCACACGGGGAGGCGGGUUCGAGGCGGCGGCGCGUCGCGUUCCUCUGAGUCGCCUUCAGCCGGGGGCAGAGCGCCACUGUCGUCGUCGUAGUCGUCGUUGUUGUUGUUGAAGCAGGACGCGGCUGGACUACGGCGAUAACGCAACGGCGAGGGGGCAGCUCGAGGCGAAUGGACGGGGCGAGCCCGGCGCGGGCUCAGAUCUCACAAGACCCAUCUCUACAGACUGCUGUCCAUUAGCGGAUGCAAAACAAACGGCGGUGGCGGCGGUGACGACGACGACGCGUGAAUAGACGUGAACUCUUGGUAACAGCAGUGGCCCAGUGGGGGUGCGUGGGGCUGCCCGGCCCACCGCGAUGCCUUUUGGUCUGAGGCUCAAGCGGACGCGGCGCUACAAUGUCUCAAACAAGAACUGCUUCGUUAUUCGUAUCAAGCUGUUGGACACCAGUGUGAUUGAGUGCACGCUGUCGGUGGAGAGCACGGGUCAAGAGUGCCUGGAAGCUGCUGCUCAGAGGCUGGAGCUACGAGAGCUGGCACACUUUGGCUUGUGGUAUUCCAACAAACAGCAGCAGUUGCGAUGGGUCGACUUGGAGAAGCCUCUUCGGAAGCAGCUGGACAAGUUUGCCCAGGAGGCUUUGCUGCACUUUGGAGUCCUGUUCUAUGUGCCCAGCGAGAUCCAACUGCAGCAAGAGGUCACCAGAUACCAAUAUUACCUCCAGCUGAAGAAGGACAUCAUUGAAGGAAAGCUGCCAUGCAGCGUGGAACAGAGUGUCCGGCUGGCCAGUCUCGCCGUGCAGGCUGAUUUUGGCGACUAUGACCAGUACCAAUCCCAAGAAUUUCUUAGAGACUACAUCUUGUUUCCAAUGGUGUGGGCACAGGAUGACAGCCUACAGGAAGAGAUGACGGUUAAAGUGGCUAUACAGCAUCAAAACCUCAGGGGCCUGAUAGCAGAACAAGCUGAACUUGUCUACAUCCGAGAGGUGGAGAAGCUUGACGGAUUUGGCCAUGAGAGUUUCCCCGCCAAGGAGAGUACGGGAACUGACCUUACCAUAGGCACAGCUUUCCAAGGAAUAUUUGUGAAGUACAAAAGUGAAAAACCUCCAGCUCUAUACAAAUGGAGCGAUAUCACAAACGUUACUCACAAUAAGGCCUUUGUUGGACUGGAGCUUAUGAAUAAGGAGGAAACGGUGCAGUUUCAAACAGAUGAUAUUGAAAUGGCAAAGUACGUUUGGCGAAUGUUUUCACUCAAGCACAAAUUUUUCAGGCUGAACAAGAGUUUGAUGGAUACUGGGUCAUGUAACAAUCAUCUGCUAAAGGAUGGGAGGCGGAAAUUGGCUGUGUUCUCUACCUACAUGCAAACACAGAAUACUUCUCCUACGCUUAUCAGGAGAAGGUCGACGCUCACGCGUUCAUCCAUGCAGAGGCAGCAGCCGUACAUCAUGCCUCCCAUGCAGAUGCAGUACAAUGAACCAUACACAGAAACUCACAUGUCUUCACAAGACAGCAUCUACCCGGGGCAGCAAGAUAACUUCUUCUACCGCUCCGAGACCAGCCUGGAUCGAUACCCCCUGGAAUAUGCAGGGCAGCAGGUGUCCAACGGCAAGGUUCCCAAUGGCAGUGUCUAUAGUGCUCCCAGCCUCAACUCCCUCAACAAUCACUCACAGGGUUUUCUGCAACAACAACAGCAACAGAUGCAGCAGCAACAGCAGCAACCAUCACCAAUCUCGUCCAACCUGAGCAUCCCGGGCAGCGAGGUUCUGCUCAUGCGGCCCGACUACGUGCCUAGCCACCGGCACAGCGCCAUCAUCGUGCCAUCGUACCGACCCACGCCGGACUACGAGACGGUGAUGCGGCAGUUCCAGCGCUCCGCAGCCUACCGCAUGGAGCGGCACAGUCAGUCGCUGCGUAGUCUCAACCUGGGCAGCGCACAUGCGUACGCACAGCCCGAGGGCCUGGUGUACAGCCAGCCUGAGAUUCGUGCCGACCACCACGGGCAGUACCCUCAGCAGCAGCAGCAGCAACAGCAGCAGCAGCACCACCACUACCCUCUGCAGAUGAAUUACAGUCACCCGAUGCAGCCGACAUACUUGGGCACUGGCGGUCACCCGUGCUCCUACAACACACCGGCAGCCAGCGCCAUAUCACACACGGUCAGCACGCCCGAGCUGACGCAGGAGGCCCACCCUGCCACCGCGCCGCCGCCCCCGCCACCGCCGCCGGCGGCACUACCUCCCUCUGGGCCCCCUACCCAGCAUCUGGUGCCAACCUUGCAGCAGCAGCAGCAGCAGAGCUAUGGGAACCCUGCAGGCCGUAUGCUGCGCGGUCUCCUCUCCUCUCAGUCACAGCGGCACCCGCAGCAGCCUCCGCCUAUGGCGGCAUCGGGGCCACCGCCUCCGUACCCACGGCCGCGCCCGGCUGCCAGCACACCCGACCUGGUUGCCCACCAGCGCGUGUGCAGCAGCAACCCGGACCUGGUGAGCCGGCGCGUGCUGCACUCCGUGCAGACCUUCCAGGAGGACAGCCUUCCUGUCGUGCACCGCAGCCUGCUGGAGGUGAGCGAGCCGCUCACUCGAUUUCGCGGCCUGCGAAAACGCAACAGCCUUGGCGCCACUCCCCCCGUGGCCCUGACGCCCGGGGCCAAUGGCCUAGCCCGUGAGGUGGAGGCCCUGGCUAUCUCGCGCCGGGCGUCGGGCCGGCCGAGGCCGAUUGUGGGCACCGACACCACCGUGCUAAAAGUCCUACCGCCUUCGGCGUCUUUGGAUCAGCCCCGAGAGAUGGAGGAGGGGCUGAGGCCCCCAGCGGUCGUUGCUUCUCCCCUGCAGCAGCAGCAGCAGCAGCAGCAGCAAGAGCUGGAACUUCAGAGGCCACAGUCAUACAGCCACAAGAAGUCUCCUUCCGAUGCCACGGUGCUCAUCCACAGCAGUGAGAGUGAAGGAGAGGGCGAGGUGGAGAUCGAGGAGAGGCAAGACUACGUGCUGCCCAUGCCACCACGCUCGCCGGCUGUCCUGACCCCGCAGGAAUACAAAUCCCACCUGCAGGCUGUGCUCGCCAAUAUCCCCAAACGGCCCCCACCAGAGUACCCUGGCGGACAGGUGGCCGCACCGCAGCGGCCCUCGUAUGCCUAUGGGCAGGAUACGUCGAGCUUCCUCAUCGGCACCACCUCCUCGCACAAUUCUGGGCUGAUGGCGCAGCAGAUGGGCGGCAUGAGCCCGCUGGUGGACUGUAAGGGUGCCGCGGUGGGCAUGGGUGGCGCUUCCCUUGGCCCGUCCGUCUCCGAACCGGACCUGAGCAGCGCCGGCAAGGAGCGCGUGCGCAGCGAGACCCCGCGGGAGCGCCCCGUCUCGGAGCUAUUCUCUCUCACCGACAACAUCGUGGAGAGGGAGUUCUUGCUGCAUAAGAAGCGAGGAAACACGGCGGAGAUCAAAAAGAUGGGCCCUCUCAAGAUGGCUGUGAUGAACGGCCUCUCCAUGUCCCGCAUCCCCCUGCCCGAGGAGGUCAAGGAGGAGCCCCCCAAGGUGCCCAUGGAUGAAAGGUGCAAGAUGCUGCAAGAGCGUCUGGAGCAGGGCAUGGUCUUCACCGAGUACGAGCGCGUGCUCAAGAAGCGCGCGCAAGCCGACUGCAGCACUGCUACGCUCUCCGAAAACCACGAUCGCAACCGCUUCAAGGACGUUGUUCCAUACGAGGAGAACCGCAUCGAGCUCUUGCCAAGCAAGGACAACCCCACUGGUUAUGUCAACGCGUCGCGCGUACAGGUUACUGUAAGUGGGGAGGAGUGGCAUUACAUUGCAACACAAGGACCACUGCCAUGCACUUGCCAGGACUUCUGGCAGAUGGUGUGGGAGGAAGGCGUCAAUGUCAUUGCCAUGGUCACUCAAGAGGAGGAGGGAGGCAAGUCAAAGAGCCACCGCUACUGGCCCAAGCUGGGCUCGCGGCACAGCUCGGUGACGUACGGCAAGUUUAAAGUGACCACCAAGUUCCGCACGGACUUUGGCUGCUACGCCACGACAGGCCUCAAGCUCAAGCACCUGUUGGAUGGGCACGAGAGGACCGUCUGGCACCUGCAGUACACAGACUGGCCUGACCAUGGUUGCCCAGACCAUGUGCAGGGAUUCUUAGGCUACCUGGAGGAGAUCAAGUCGGUGCGCCGGCACACGAACAACAUGCUGGAGGCCAGCAAGCCGGCCAACCCGCCCGUGGUGGUGCACUGCAGCGCUGGGGUCGGCCGCACGGGCGUCGUCAUCCUCACGGAGAUGAUGAUCGCUUGCCUCGAGCACAAUGAGAAGCUGGACGUGCCUGACGUGCUGGCCAUCCUGCGCACACAGAGGAUGCUCAUGGUGCAGACCAUCACCCAGUACACGUUUGUCUACCAGGCUCUCAUCCAGUUUCUGAGGAGCUCACGUCUCAUCUGAGCCAUCGCCACGAUUCUCAGGCACGACCAAUGGGGGGGCGGGGGGGGGGGCGAUGUCUCGGAGGGGUGGUCCAAGCCGUGUGCGGCAUGGGAAUUCCGUAUGUGCAUUGAACAGUUUUCGUGAAAGGCCACGGCCGCCCAGAGGCACCAGCGUUGGGCGCUCACGCAGUGGCGGCGGGCGUCACGUCGGCGGCCGUGAGACCGUUUGACGACGAGCUCACGGAUCGCCCAGAAAUCUUCGGAUGAGGCCAAUUUUCGGCCUCCUGUGCAAUUUCCGAAAGACAACACUUCACGAAGGCCUCGAAAGAAAAUGUGUUCACGGUUUCGGCUAAAAAAUAUCUGAAUGUUUUUACACCACUGUUGUUCGUGUGUGCGCCUUGAUUACAGCAUGAUCAAGAACCUGACGGCUUAGUACUGAAGAGUACUACACUGAUUUAAAACAAAACUCCACCAUUUCAAUGCUUAUUUAGCCCUGCUGCGUGUUGGAGAUUGUGCCAGAAGCCCCAAAAACAUUCACAUGUAAAUGAUCCCACAUGCUCGUCAAUGGUGCUGCAGCAAUUUUUCAAGUACUCAGAAAAUGCAAACGCUCUCAUCAUGGAUACAAUAUUUCCAGCAAUAUGAAAGUAUGGCGGUAAGAGGGGAAUAUUGAGAACCUGAGUGAUGUCAACAGUGUGUCGCCCGUUGUAUAAAAGAAACAAAACACUGUGAACCAUUGUUCAACUCGGCUCAUGCAGCUGACCUGGAUUGACUGCUUCAAGUAAAUGUGCUUAAGAAUGCCCAGUAUUUAUACAGUCGUUUUGUGUGUAUGUGUACCACAUUCAAACUCUUUGGUGUACAUAAAAUGUAAACCCUCCGCCCCUUUUUAACACGUGUUGAUAUGUACAGUCCUUUGUUUACUUGUCCAAGCGUAUAUGUAUUUUUGUUACUGUAGUUUUUCAGAGUUUCCUCUUAGCUGCGGUUUUUUUAAUCCCUUGUACAAUAUCCCUGGUUUUUUUCUAACAAAGGCCAACCCUUGUUCAUAACCAAUCUGCCUUACUGGAUGUGCUCAGCACUCUGCCUUAAAAGAAGGAACACAUGCUAAUGGCUAAGCAACAGUUUAUUUCUUACAAUGGAUUUACUGUAUUUAAAAUGCGACGAAAGAAUGUGUCGGGAAUUGAAUAAUAUUGGUUUAAUAUGCUUUGUGCACUCACAACACAUUCUGUCAAACUUGCAUUAAUGUACUCUUACUACAGCAUUCAUAUUUAUAGCAAAAUAACGUUAAAGAGAACUCAUGGGCGUGCAGAUGAAAUAUAUAAAUUGGUGGAUAAGUUGCAACGAUUCGAUUUUAUGAAGCCAAGCACAUGAUCUACAUCAAAUGAAUUCACAUUUUAACAAACUCGCAUUAAUUCUCGAUGUAUUUUAGAGUAUUUUGGCUGGUCACAGCUCAGGUGAAUGUACAAUAUUUCGUAAUUUAAUUCACCGAUAAUUUUAUAUAUAUAUUUAGUGUCAAAACAUUUCUAGCCACUGUCCAGCAGUACUUAAAAAAGCAACUAAAAUGUUGACCAACAUACAUAUUGCUUUAUGUUAUUCCUCACACCAGUUCAUCAUGAUAUCGUCAAGGUUUCAUUCAUUGUCUGAAAUGAGUAUGAUAUUCAUCAGAAACUGUCAGCUUUCGGAAGUAGAGAUUUGUUGUGAAAUGUGUGUGCAGUGACCAUGAGAAAAGUUGAAUUUGUGGGCUGGAUGGAAUGCAUUGUCCAGAUAGUUCCUUGUCUGAUUUGCUUCACCAGAAUGUUAUGUACGGACCAUGGCCGACUUUCCCACAGUGCGUAUUGGCAAAUAAAACACUGUUGCUCAAUGUCAAUAAAUGUUAUGACCGAAUGAUUAAAAUAUCAGAUUACCUGUCCA